AUGAAUAGCUCUGUCCUUUCAGGUACCACAACAGCAUGCUUUGAACCGUCACUAGAUUACUGUGUGGUGAAAAUUCCUCGAUGGGAUCUCGGCAAGUUUGCUCGAGUGAGCCAGCAGAUUGGAAGUUCAAUGAAAUCUGUCGGCGAAGUGAUGGGAAUCGGCAGGUCAUUCGAAGAGGCAUUCCAGAAAGCACUGAGAAUGGUCAGCGAUCAUGCAGAUGGCUUCUCACCAGAUGCUUUCUUGAGAAAGCCAACUGAUGCGGACCUGUCAAAACCGACGGACAAGCGCAUGUUUGCAAUCGCCCGUGGAAUGUUCUACGGAGACUUUGACGUAGAGAAAACCUAUGAGCUGACUCAUAUAGACAAGUGGUUCCUGCACAGAAUGCACAACAUCGUGGAUAUAUACCAUAAAUUGCAGAAAGAGUCGGACCUGUCAAAACCGACGGACAAGCGCAUGUUUGCAAUCGCCCGUGGAAUGUUCUACGGAGACUUUGACGUAGAGAAAACCUAUGAGCUGACUCAUAUAGACAAGUGGUUCCUGCACAGAAUGCACAACAUCGUGGAUAUAUACCAUAAAUUGCAGAAAGAGUCGCUGUCAACAUUGACGUCUGAACUUCUUCUCGAGGCGAAGCAGGCUGGAUUCUCGGAUAGGCAAAUAGCCAAGACGAUUGAUAGGCGAGUUCUUUUAAACUUGCUGAGUUCGGCCGUAUUUAGCACGGAGUCGAUGGUCCGCGAAAGACGGGUGCGCCUGAAAGUGACACCGUGGGUGAAGCAGAUUGAUACGGUAGCUGGCGAAUGGCCAGCGCAGACAAAUUAUCUUUACGUCACUUAUAAUGGUGCAGAGAAUGAUGUGCAGUUCAACAUGAAAAACGCGGUAAUCGUACUCGGCUCCGGUGUCUACCGUAUUGGAUCGUCUGUCGAGUUUGAUGCCUCUUGUGUAGGCUGUGUCAGGGAACUGAAGUCACUCGGCUACCAAACCAUUACCAUCAAUUGCAAUCCGGAGACGGUAUCGACGGAUUACGAUAUGUGCGAUCGAUUGUACUUCGAAGAGAUUUCAUUCGAAACGGUUAUUGAUAUCUAUCACAAGGAAAAACCAAAAGGUGUUAUAUUGGCGUUUGGAGGUCAAGCUCCGAACAACAUUGCAAUGAGCCUCAACAAAGCACAGGUAAAUAUCUUUGGCACGUCGCCAAAUGAUAUUGACAGCGCGGAAGAUCGCUUCAAGUUCAGUAGAAAGUUGGAACAUUUGCAAAUGAGCCAGCCUCAGUGGAAGAAAAGUGAAGAUAUUGAGGACGCUAAGAAGUUCUGCGCCAAGGUCGGAUAUCCAUGCCUUAUUCGACCGUCCUAUGUGCUGUCUGGUGCGGCGAUGAACGUUGCUCACACUGAAGAUGAUCUGGCAGUAUUCUUGAAGCAGGCGGCAGUCGUUGCCAAGGAGCAUCCUGUGGUGGUGUCUAAGUUUAUCAGUGAAGCAAAAGAAAUCGACGUUGACGCAGUCGCCAUGGAAGGUGAAUUGCUGGUCAUGGCGGUUUGUGAACAUGUAGAGAAUGCUGGAAUCCAUUCGGGUGAUGCAACAUUGGUCACUCCCCCACAAGAUCUGAACCAGGUACUGAUAAUCAACACUCAGGUGCCACAAUUCUCCUUUUCACGGCUAACAGGUGCAGAUGUAAUGCUUGGAGUGGAAAUGGCGUCCACAGGAGAGGUCGCGUGUUUUGGCAAACAUCGUCAAGAAGCGUAUUUGAAAGCACUUCUUUCUACUGGAUUCAUUGUCCCAAAGAAGAAUAUCUUCUUGUCAAUUGGAGGAUAUCAUGCGAAAUCGGAGAUGUUGCGUAGUGUGCAGUUGCUCCAGAACAUGAACUUUGAUCUUUUUGGCUCAAAGGGUACGGCGGACUACUUCCAGUCGAAUAACAUCCAUAUGAGGGCUGUCGAUUGGCCUUUCGAAGAAGGAAUAUCUGACGAAAAAACGGCCGGAGGAUCGAGGUGCGGUUUGCUAUUAGGGACACGGAAAAUUACUUGCUGGGCUCUCCUCUUAGCGCAUGUUACACUGGAACGUAUCCAGGAUAUUACGAUUCGAAUCGCUUCUGCGUUUAACGUAAACGGACCAUUUAAUAUGCAGCUGAUUGCUAAG